GUUCAUGUGAGAUACAUUUAUCAAAUAAGCAUUGUCCGUGUGGUAUAUGUUUAUUUUGUAACAAAACCAAAUCCAUAGAUAUAGUCAGAUAAAUUAAUAGAUUCGUUAAAAGUGAGGAAUAAUCUAUAAAGGUUAGUCUGAUACCCAAACUCAUCUCCAUUUCUCCACGAUACAAUACUAUAAUCAAAAGUGGAUAAUAAUCGAUUCAUUAAAAGCGGGCGCCACCACUUAUCGAGCCACUUUUGUAUUUUGCUGUUGUUACCAUCGGAUGAGCCGUGACAUGCAACAAUGUUUUUCUGGUAACAAGUCACUCCGUCUCUCCGUUAUCUUCAAAUCUCUUUCUAACUAACCUAUUGUAUUCGAGAUUUAUAAUUUAUUUAACACUUUAUUAACUUUAUUUUAUGUAUGUUUUUGUUUUGUGUGAGAAGAAACACAACAUCACUAUUUAAUUACCAUAUUAUUAUAUUUAAUGUGAAAUUUUUGUGGGUAUCCACAACCAACCCGCAGCGAGUAGUGGUUAACCACUACCCACUGCGGCGCGGGUUCUGGGUAGCAUAAUUCUAUAUUUCUGGAUGUGGUUACCCGCAAAAUGUGGGGCGGGUAACCACACCCACCCCAAUUUCCACCCCUAGUUGAAACAACAGGGCUUGUGGGCUCCGUUGUCUGGAAAAUCGAAGAAGAAAAGUAUAGAUGAAGAAGAGUGGAUUACUUUGGAGGAGAAAGCUCACUCUACAAUCUUGCUUUGUUUGGCUGAUGACAUCAUCACUAAGGUUGCUGCUGAGAAGACUGUGGUUGAAGCUUGAAAGUCUAUAUAUGACAAAGUCUUUAACCAACAAGUUGCAUAUGAAGCAACGUUUGUUCAGUUUGCCUAUGGAGAAAGAUACGUCUCUCAUGAAUCAUCUAUAUCAACUCAAUACUAUCUUGCUAGAUCUGCGGAAUAUUGAUGUUAAAAUAGAUGAUGAGGAUGUUGUCUUAAUUUUGUUAGUAUCUUUGGCACGGUCGUAUGAGAAUUUUGUGGAUUCUUUUAUUAUUGGGAAAGAUAUUUUGACUCUGUAAGAUGUCAGAUCUGCUCUACAUACUAGAGAAGUUCGACAUAAGGCGUCUGGUUCAGGUUCGGAAAAUCAGGCAUCUGGCCGGUUGGCUGCUACGAGUAGUAGGAGACAACAAUCUGGUAAUAGGAAGACGAAUACAAAUUCGAAUUCUGCUGGUUUGAAAGAUGAUAUAUGUCAUUACUGCAAAGAGAAAGGGCAUUGAAAAUUUGAUUGUCCUAAGCUAAAGAAUAAUCAGGAGAAGAAGGAAUCAUUUUGCUGCUGUGGCGGAAGAAACUAGCUAUGAUUCUAAAGAUGGUUUAGCCUUAGCAGUGAAUGAACAGGUACAUCAUCAGGAUGUGUGGUAUUUAGAUACUGCAGCUGAUUAUCAUAUGUGUCCAAGCAAGGAGUGUUUUCAACUUAUGAGCAGAUAGAUGGAGGACAUGUUUCUAUGGCCAAUGGUGAUAUUUCUAAGAUUGUUGGAAAAGGCUCUGUCAGGUUGUGGACACAUGAUGGUUAUGUUCGUACCUUGAACAAUGUUAGGCAAAUUCCAGAGAUGUCUAAGAAUCUGAUAUCUUUGAGUCUACUCGACAACAAGGGUUUCAAUUUCAAAGGUGAAGGUGGAGUGUUGUCUGUCUACAAGGGUUCUAAGGUGAUUUUGAAAGGUGUCAUGUGUGGUGCCUUGUAUAAUCUACAAGGUUCUAUCUUGACAUGUUAUGUUGGUGAUAAGUGCACCAAGUUGGUUCUGAAUGACAAGUCUCACUAUGGAUUAGACUUGCCGAAUGGUUUGAGUUGUUGACCGCCCUUAGGGGCAUUUGGAGGCAGGGGAGAUUCUGUUACAGCUGAUUUGGAGGAGUUUGGUACGUCUGGCAAUUUUGAUUGCAUCUGAGUUUGGCGAUUUGCAUCGCGUUUAAGUUUGGUGAUUUCGAUCACAUCUGGAUAUCUGGCGAUUUCGAUCACAUCUGGGUAAAUUUGGCGAUUUGGAUUGUGUUUGGGUACAUCUGACAACUUUGGUUGCGUCUGGUACAUUUGGUAUUUGAGAGAGAAUUCAAGUCAAGGUGGAGAUGUUAGGAUAUGACUUGAAUUUGAUUUGGGUUUGUUUUGUGUUUUGGGCCUAUUCUGUUUGGUUUUGGGUUUGGGUUUUGUUUUGGCCUUUUUCUUGUAUGUUUGGAAAAGGUAUUUGGUUUUCUGUCUGUCUAUUAGGAGAAGAGCCCUAAUCUGUAGUAAGGGUUAGUCAGGUUAGUUUGUUUGGUUUGUCCGUGCGGAAUUUGGUUUGUAACCUGUACUCUCCUCAAAUUAGUGAAAUUUGUUCUCCUCUGCCCGUGGAUUAGCUAGCACACAUUGUGUUAGUGAACCACGUUAAAUUUGUGUUCGUUCGUGUUGAUUUGAAUUAUCGAUUGCACGCUUCUGUUCUGAUAGCUAGGAUUUCCAAUUAGGAGGGGUGUUGAUUUUUUCCCCAACACAUAUAAAGUGAUGAAGAAAAUAUUUAAUAUCAAACCCAAAAUUAUUCACAAUCAUUUUAUGUAAAAAUCAUUUAAACUUAUUCCAAGACUACAAAAUUUGACAUAUAUUUCAAUAUAAAAUAGCUUAAAUUGGUCCUUUUCUUCAAUAGAUAAUUGAAAUUAUCAAUACCACAAAAAUGAUUAUGUUCACAUAGUGGCCAAAAGUCAACUACAAAUACCGCAAAUCGAGCUAGAUGCAUUUUGAAGGCCUGUUUAGCCAAGAUUUAACCAUUUUAAAUAGUAACACUUUAAAGUUUUGAAUAAAUUUACUUGCAAAUAGACUUGUCAAGAAAAUAAGGUUAAAAACAUAUAGGAGACUUAGCUACGAAAUUGAAAAGAAAAUUAGGGGAAAUGUUGUGGGGGAGAGCCAAUUUUAAGCAAAAUAAACAACACAAAAUUGAAAAGAAAAUCAGGUGAAAGAUUGUGGGGAAGAGCAAAUUAAACACAUUAGAAAACCAUCCUCUAAAUGAUGAUAUUUCUAUUAGGAAAAGUUCAAUCAGAAACUUAUUACAUGCUAGCGCUACUGCUGUAGUGGGAGGCGAGGUUAACAGUAAGUGGACGAGAAUUAGUAGUUAAUUCCACAACAUCCCCAUUAGGAGAUCAAACCAUUAUCCUCCUUAUCAGUUUCAAGAAUUUUAACAUGUCAAACCACUAAGCUAAAUUAGUUCUUUGUUGUAAUGCUUCACUUCUGCUAGAAUUUAUAAGUUUAGGGGGGCCAUGCUACCCCAACAUACUGAUACAAGCUGGCUCCGUCCCUGAUUAAUGAUGAGGAGUUUAAAGUAAUGAUGAUAAUACCAAUUUGCAUAGAAUUUUGUUUUUCAAACAAAUAAAAUUAUAAAGCAUGC